AUGGCAUCUUCAGCAUUAAAACGAAUUAUUCCAUUAUUUGAUCGUGUUCUGGUUCAACGCUUCGCUGCUGAAAAAGUUACUAAAGGUGGAAUACAUGUACCGGAAAAAUCAUUAGGCAAAGUUCUUAAUGCUACAGUGAUUGCUGUUGGUAAAGGUCUUAAACAAAAAGAUGGUACUCAUGUUCCAAUGAGUGUUCAAGCUGGUGAUAAAGUUUUAUUACCAGAAUAUGGUGGUACGAAAGUUGAAAUAGAAGAUAAAGAAUAUUUCAUUUUUAAAGAAGCCGAUAUUAUUGCUAAAUGGGAAUAA